AAAAAGGCAAGAAAAAGGCUGGAAGAGAUCAUAAGCUGUAUAAUAUCAGAGAAAAAGGAGAAGAGAUCAGAGGUGGUAUUAGGGGAGAAGAAUCUAUUGUCAUGUUUGGUAAAAUGGAGAGAUGAAAAAGGAGAAAGUUUAAGUGAUGAACAGAUCGCAGACAACAUAAUCGGAGUUCUGUUUGCGGCUCAGGACACAACAGCUAGUGUUCUCACUUGGGUUGUUAAAUAUCUACAUGAUAACCCCAAAAUUCUAGAAGCUGUCAAGGUGGAACAAAAGGUAAUUGAAGAAGACAUCAAUGAGGGGAGCGGACCAAUGAGAUGGGCUCACACACGAACUAUGCCCUUUACCAACAAGGUGGUGUUGGAGAGCUUGAGACUGGCUAGUAUUAUAUCAUUCACUUUUAGAGAAGCUGUGGCUGAUGUUGAAUAUAAAGGUUAUUUAAUACCAAAGGGUUGGAAAGUAAUGCCUUUGUUCAGGAAUAUUCAUCACAAUCCUGACUACUUUGUUGACCCUCAUAAAUUUGAUCCUUCAAGAUUUGAGGUUGCUCCAAGACCCAAUACAUUCAUGCCAUUUGGCAGUGGCGUCCAUGCCUGCCCUGGGAAUGAGCUUGCCAAGCUUGAAAUCUUGAUCAUGAUCCACCAUCUAGUCACCAAUUUCAGGUGGGAAUUGGCAGGACAGAGAGAUGGAAUUGAGCAUGGGCCAUUUCCAGUGCCUAUAAAUGGACUUCCCAUCAGAGUUUGGAGAUUAUCCACUUUAAAUUAAAAGCCCAAAACUGUUCUUUUUGUUUCUCUUUGUUGUCUUUUUGGUUCUUGGCCAUUUUGGGGAGGGUGAAGUUAGAGAUCAACCCACCCCCAAGCAAAUAUUAUGCCUUUCAUCAUAUACUUUCUUUUUGUCCACUGAUUAAGCAAAAAAAACCAUGUAAUUUUCUCGAAGCUCUUCACCAAAAGUAUUGACAGAGCAUAGGUUCUCCCAAAGGAGUUUUUUUUUUUUUUUCUUUUCUUUUUCCCUUAAUAACAUAAUAAAAUUUUUCAAUGUGUUUCUGUCCCCUACUUUUAGUGUUUUUAUGUUAUUGUAUCAAUGAAAUUAAUACAAAAAAGAGUAUAUAAAUACCAAUAUUGAACUUUGAGA